GCCAGGUCCCGCCCCCGGCACACCCGGAAGCGGAGUCGCCCUGAGCCGUCUCCGUCGGCCGCCCGCGCCUCAGCCCAGACGCGCCUCGGCCCAUGGCCGCCUACUCCUACCGCCCCGGCCCCGGGGCCGGCCCCGGCCCUGCUGCGGGCGCGGCGCUGCCGGACCAGAGCUUCCUGUGGAACGUCUUCCAGAGGGUUGAUAAAGACAGAAGUGGAGUGAUAUCGGACAGCGAGCUUCAGCAAGCACUCUCCAAUGGCACGUGGACUCCCUUUAAUCCAGUGACCGUCAGGUCGAUCAUAUCCAUGUUCGACCGUGAGAACAAGGCCGGCGUGAACUUCAGCGAGUUCACGGGCGUGUGGAAGUACAUCACGGACUGGCAGAACGUCUUCCGCACGUACGACCGGGACAACUCCGGGAUGAUUGACAAGAACGAGCUGAAGCAGGCCCUCUCAGGUUUUGGCUACCGGCUCUCUGACCAGUUCCAUGACAUCCUCAUUCGCAAGUUCGACAGGCAGGGACGGGGGCAGAUCGCCUUCGAUGACUUCAUCCAGGGCUGCAUCGUCCUGCAGAGGUUGACGGAUAUAUUCAGACGUUACGACACGGAUCAGGACGGCUGGAUUCAGGUUUCCUACGAACAGUAUCUGUCCAUGGUCUUCAGUAUCGUAUGACCCUGGCCUCACGAAGAGCAGCGGGACCGACGUAUGGAAAAAAGCCAAAGUUCCUCCCUGUGAGGGAGUGGAACGUGGAUGCAGUUAGAUGGUGUUCUUCCUUUAGAUUUCACCACGUGGGGACCUGGCUGUACAUAUGUGGAUAUGCUGAUUAAUGUUUCUGCAACCCUAACAGGAGCUGUGUCAUUAUAACUCAAGCCUUGGAUUUGGUGACUGUCUCAUUGUGCCAUGAGGUAACUGUAAUAAUGUUUCGGGCAUUCUGCUUGCAAAAAAUCUGUCAUGAGCUUUUCUAGAUGUCUCGGUUCUAUAGUGGAAAUGCUUUUAUUAGUAGGAAUUUUAAAAUCAUACAGAACUUGCACACAGAAGGCUGUUCAUGUGCCUUACUUUUUUAAAAGAGUUUAUUGUAUUCAUUGGAAUAUGCAAUGUACACAAUAAAAGGGAAUGUUAGACCCGU